AUGACAGAUACUGCAUCGCCCUUUAAGCUAAAGAACCCAACAGAAUACCACUUGCUAGCCACACAGCAACAGGCACAGCAAUCCAGUAACAAUGGCUUAUUCAAUGUCAUGGACGAUCAGCAUCUCGAUUUCUCUGAUUGCUAUACCCAGCAGUUCUUAUCGCCAUCCUCCAACUCGCCCGCUUUACAAGAUUUCGAUGAUGUGGAUUCCCUGUCCGCUGGAUUACCAUCAUCUACCAUGGGUAAUUUGAUGAUUGUCCCUGAUCAACAUCAUAGUCAACAACAACAACAUCAGCAACAACAAAUACUUUUUUUCCCAUCACAAUUCAACCAGCCUGAUAACACAGAAGAAGAAUCUCCAUCCGACUAUUCGUCUUCCUUGGACAUAUUCUCCAAUAAUUCGCAGCCAUCUUCGUAUCUCUACAACCAUCAAAGACACAACAGCAUCAGCAAUGACAUGUUUGUGGGUUCGCCUAUCAUCUAUAACACAAACAGACUCUCUUCCUCGUUCGAGCAACAGCAUCAACCAUUCUCAGCUCCUGCUCAUAUGGGAUUCGAAUUCAUGGGUCACAUGGGCGGAUUAGCAGCUUUUCACCACCAACCUGUAGAUGGUCAUAGUUUAGCUGCGACAGGCUCACGCAGCUUGGAGGAAUACGAAUCUAUUCAAAUCAAUCAGCAGCUCAUAUCUGAAAAGAAACGACGCAGAAGAGAAUCACAUAAUGCUGUCGAACGUCGUAGAAGAGAAAAUAUCAAUGAGCGAAUUCAAGAAUUAGGAACCAUGUUACCUGAAACCAUGCUCGAGGAGCUUGCUAGCGUGAAUAUGAAUGGUAACAAUAACAAUAAGCCUAAUAAAGGUGCCAUCUUGCGAAAAUCAGUCGAUCACAUUCGAAUUUUACAACAAGAAGUAACCAAUCAUCGACAACGUAUAUAUGAAUUGGAAACACAACUAGCAAGCCUUUCUGCGAAAUAA